GAUGAUGGCCGAGCCCAGCAGCAAGCCGACGGUUCAGCAGCAACAGCAGAUUGCUGCUGCCAACGAAUUGUCGUCGAGCAAGACAUCAACUUCGCCUCCCGGCGUCCGUGACCGGCUGAAUGCGGCGGCUCCGACUCAACCACGGACGGUUACAAACACGGAUUCAGGAGGAGAUAGGCGCAAUGUUCGCGGACCGCGCUGCAUUACUAUCCAGCGUUCCAGCGCUGGAUUUGGAUUUACCUUACGUCACUUUAUCGUCUACCCGCCCGAUUCUGUUUCCGAUUGCCCCGAGGAAUGGCAGCGUGGAAUGUCGGCCGGCCUGCUCGACCCCAUGAUUCCCAUGGACACCAUCUUCGUCAAGCAUGUUCGAGAAAACGGACCGGCCGUCAAAGCCGGACUCUCGACUGGUGACCAGGUGGUGAGCGUCAAUGGCGAGUCGGUCAUGUGCAAAUCCUAUGCCCAGGUGGUGCAGAUGAUACAGAAGAGCGGGCCCAACCUCCAGCUGGUCGUGAUGCCCAAAGAGCACGACGUCCUCCAGCAGUGUUUCGCUGAUACGGCUCACAAUCCUUACACAAACGCCAGACCAGCGACAGUUAUUCCAGCCGCUGGAACUUCCGACGAGCAGGCCGGCAAAAUGAUGAUGGACCCUUUGAAACCCAACAAUAUCAUGUCGCACCUGCCGCGACCUAAACCCUACCAGCCUUUCCAGGUGGAAACUAGGAAACCAGCGACAUCCCAUACGAGCCCGGCUGCAAAGGCGAACACAGCCGCACCUCUCGGACGCGUCCUGUCGCCGUUGGUGACGGCCGGAACGACGACAACAACUACAACGACGACGGCCAAUAGCCGAUCAAGCGAAGAUGCAGCCAUUGCGGCUCAGGCCCGUCUGGCCGCUGCGGCCGCGCUCGUGUCCAAGAACGUGCGCAAAUCGGCCGAUUUCAAUCCGAAGGGCGCGGCCGGAUGCCGAGGAAGUCUAGCCGGCGGGCAAGGAGUCGAUUGCUACCCCGGCUCUGCCACGGGAUUCAAUUCUUCGGCCCAUUCGAAACGAAGUUCCUACGCUGGAACGCCUACGUGUAAGAGCGAGUUUAUUUCCAGCAUUAGCGUUCCGGCUGCGACGUUCACCACUGCGGCGGUUAGCGCCGGUCACGCCCGUUACGUCGGUGCCGACAGCUCGUCCAGCUUGCCGCCACAAUUCCAUUACCCGAUGCAUCCGAUGGAAAUGGCGACGAUCCACGGCAGCGUGUCGAGCCUGCAACAACAGAACCUUCGCGAUUCGCUCAAUUCCAGUAAAGGGAGCCUGUACUCUGCGUCGGACGAGCAGCAGGCCCACCAGCAGGCGCAAGUGAUGACGCGCAUCAAGAAGAGUUUUGAGCAGAAGGAGGAAUUCCUCAAACGGCCCGCCUUGCCCUACUGGGUCAACGUUCAAGAGGCGCAACAAUCGCCGCCCGUCCCCAAAGAGUUUUACGCCCAACCUCAAAAGUUUGCCCGGCCCGUUUGGCCGCCGGUGAGCGCCUCGUCGACGACGUCGCUCGAUUCGCUCACCUCGGAGGUGACGGCCAUCACGACGCCGUCCCAACAACCUCAACAGCAUCCAGUACAUCAUCAUCAUCUCCAUCACAAAGCGUCGUCGGCUUCGGCCGUCACCAAAACUGAAAUCAUCCCGAUAGGCAUCACGUCCAUCGAACCUUGGUCCGUCUCGUUCAGCUCCAAGAGAGCCACGCCUCCCGUCAGUCCGUCUCAGUCGCCGGGCACGGUCGGCCUCGGCCUGGUGCCCAACACGGUGCCCAAACCGUUUUACGGUUCGACACAUACGACGACGACGACCACCACCACGACGACGGUGACGAGCAGCAGCAACAACAACACGAGCAGUCCGUCUGGCAAUAAACAGUUUGUGUCGACGCUGACCCGCAUCCAAGAGAACGUCACGUCGGAAGUGACGCCGGAAUCGAAACCGAGUCGGCAGUUGACGUUGAUGCACGCGCCGCUGGCCUCGCCCGAAGAGUUCUUCACGCCGUCGCCGACCAAAGCGGGCCAGCAUCCGUUGGCGUCGGCCACGUCGGCUGCCAACGCGCCGGUCGUCGUCAAGCGGACGAAACCGUUUGAAAAUGGCGCCGAGAGGGGACUUCUGGCGCGUAUCGCUCAACGCGGCAAGCAACAACAGGAAGCUGCCGCUGUUGCCUCCGCCGCCGUGGCUGCUGCUGCCGCCGCUGCCGCCGAACGUUCCAAUAAACUAGCGACGGAUAUUCAACGGGUGCCGGUGGGCGGUUCGGGGAAUCGCACCGUCAUCAUUGGCAGUUCGAAUUUACAUUGUCAACCGCCUCCAGUAGAAUUGGAAUUUCCACCCAAUUCAUACGAUCCACAAGUCAUGUGGAACGAAGAGGAGCGUAAAAGUCUCGUCUUGAGGCAGCACUCGUACCGUUCCGCUGUCCGUGAUUUCGCAGCUUCUACUAGUCCGCUACUACGGAUUGACCCGUCGCUGGAUGAGAACUCGAAUACGAGUGCGUCCAGCAGCAUUGUGACGGUCAGUCGCGUUAAAAAGCGACCCUCUCAUUUGAAACUAACCGGCAAUCAUCACAACGCGAACCAGCCAUUGGCGAUGCAUCCGACGAGUGGUUGCCCCUCUGCCAAAGCUCCUUGCUUGCAAACUGACAUCGACGCACCGGUCGAAAGGACCAGAAGCUGUAGCCCGUUGUCUUUGCCCAGGCCUAGUCCCAUCGCUUCUGAUUUUGAGUUGUCCGUUUUGGAGCGAUUCGACCAGCUCCUGGCUUCCUUAGGUACUUCCUCAGGCUCGAGCAGUAUCAGCAGCAGUGGCAGUGCGGCAGUCCAGCAACACGAAAGCCAGCCGGGGACUAAACUGGCCACACCGGCAACGACGGCCAGUGUCAAUCGGCGCCAAAAGAUUUACGAUGACGACUCUGAUCGAGGCAUGAGACGGAUAUCGUAUUUGAAGGCGACAGCUGGGAAUCCAGUGGACGGGACGAUGUCCAGCACGACGGAAGCCGAGACGGUGGCAACUAGCGCCACGACUACUACCACGACCACGACGACCACCACAUCUACGCCCAUCAACAACGAUCACUCAGCCAAAGGUUCCACCUCGUGGGCCGUGGUUAAAGUGGAGACUAAUCUGGUGAUGGUUCUGGUGGUGGAUCGUGUCCAGCCAGCGGCUGGCAUGAUCUCUCGGUUGCGCCAGUAUUUCGAAGAAAAAUCCAGGCCGCCCGCUCCUACUCCGCAUCCGCGGAUAGCCACUUCUUCCUCUUCUUCUACCCUCUUAGCGUCUUCGAUUGUUGCCAACAAAGCCACGUCGCAACCUCCACCGCUGGCCAGUCGGCGUCCAGCGCAUCCGCCGCACAGCAUCCAAAAAUUGCGCUCGCUUUUUGGAGACUCGACAAAAGUCUCAACUGCCAAAUCGCAACAACAAGGCGAUUCGAGCGCCGCUCAUCCGCCCAGCCCGUCCGAGACGCAAGGACGAGAAGGAUGGCUCUGCGUCAAACAGACCAUCAUCGACUGCCGAAGAUCCACGGACCGUUCCUGGCGCCAAAUGUGGACCCGCAUACGUUCGGGCACGGUGCAUUUUAUGAGAGAUCGCAACGCUGCCUCAUCCGCUGCCAACGGAUCCGCCAGCAACAGCAAUAACAGCGCGAGCAACAACACCAGUUCCACUCCGGGCACUGCGGCCGACGACAUGAUCAUCGACCUGCGCGGCUGCACCGUAGAGGUGGCCGUCUACUACACGAAGCGCAAACACGUCCUGCGGCUUUCGACUUUUAACGGACUCUGCGAGUACCUGAUGCAGUGCGAGGACAGCAACGACAUGGUCCUCUGGCUGGACGCUUUCCAGCAGGAACAGGCGGCUGCCAAUAAUAGCGAUAAGGAAGACGGACCUGGGUCCAGCUACAGCAGCAGCGAAAUGAUGUUGGUCCGACAGGCUCAAGAAGCUGACAAUUCAAUGGCUCACGGUCGCCGAAUGGGCCGAUUCACGUUGCACCGCAAUCGCUCGCCCACGGGGCAUUCGCCCGUCUCCAAGACGCGAAAGCCCAGCCUCCCUGGAACGAUCGGCAGCGGCGGUAGUGGUGGCGCCGGCGGUAGCAGCGAUGGCACGCAUUCCACGCCGGCUAAUGUCAACAAACCGACGACGUGGCGACGUAAAGUCGUCCAGCAGUUCAAGAAGAUUCAGGGCGGUUCGCCCAAUUCCGCCAUGUUCCAUCCGCAAAUGGUGCCCGAAGGAGCCACCAUCGGCGUCCCGCUCGAAUUCUGCCCGCGCUCUUCCCUAUCGGAGAGUAUCCCGCUGAUAGUGGAGCUCUGCGUCGGCAUCGUCGAAGCCCGUGGGUUGGAAAGCGUCGGCGUCUACCGAGUUCCAGGCAACAGCGUGGCCGUCAAUGCUCUUUCGGACUCACUGAAUCGCGGAUUCGACGGGCUCAACCAGUCGGAUCCGCGCUGGAAUGACGUCAACGUCAUCUCAUCGCUCAUGAAGUCCUUCUUCCGCAAACUGCCCGAUCCGUUGGUCACGUCAGAGCUUUACGGCGCUUUGAUCGAGGCCAGCAAGACGGACCCGGAACCUGCCCGCUUGAACGCCAUCAAACGUCUGGUGGACGAGUUGCCCGAGCCUCACUACUCAACACUGCGUUACCUUGUCGGGCACUUGUCACGCGUGGCCGGCAAGAGCAACAUCAACAAGAUGGAAGCUCGUAACUUGGCCAUCGUCUUUGGCCCGACGUUGAUUCGGCCAGGUGAUGACAGCACCGUCACCAUGGUCACUGACAUGUCGCAUCAAUGCCGAAUCGUCGAGACGCUCAUCGACAAGGUCGGCUUCUUCUUCCCGCCCGAUCAGGACCAAGUGGACACUUUGCAGCCCAGUUCCCCUACUCAGGUCAGCAAUAGUCAUUUGGCUAGCAAUACGGAUGACCGUAAAGAUGCCUACGCCAAAGAGAUCGUGUCGUCCAUCAUCGCGGCCGCGCGAAAGAAGAGACAGACGUCACUGGACAGCCCCGACUUGAGCGAUCGGGCCGAUGCCCCGCCAGCCUUUCCAGUCGUUAGUUCAACGACCACAGCUGUCACUACCAUAACGACGACUCAAACAAUGGUUGAAGCAAUAGUUCCUACCGGCUCCGCUCAUUCUCUAGUCGAGCUGGGCUCCACUGGAGGGCAGCCGGCCUUGCCAGUGGAAGCGUCCGAAUUUCGUUUGAGCUCUGCGGAGAUUCCUGCCACCCCACCCACCGUAGAAAGGAAGAGAUCGGCGUCGCUGGGAGGCGAAACGGUCAUACCGCCGUCGCCCAGUCUAGCCAUGAACGAUUUGGCCGGCAUUACGGAAAUGGCAGCCGAUGGGGUGGCUCAAGCGUCCGGCACGUCGGAGCCGUUUCGCAGCCGGACAUCGUCGGGCAGUUUUGUCGUCAACAAACUCCAUCCCAUCGAUGCUGCCGGAAUCCGAAGCUAUUCCGGUUUGAGUGCCGUCACUCAGGAGCGCAUUCGCCUCUUUGAACAGGAAACGAAAGCAAUGUUACAAAGAGAUUUGGCCCGUCAAGUGAGAAGAGAAGGCGAAGCCGUUCCGUCAUCUACUGGAUCUGCCCGUCGCCUGGACAAAACUGAGGUAGAGUCUGCAUGGCAUCGAGCCAAAUUAGAAAUGGAGACGGACGACUUUCUCGACGUCCUGGCGGACAAUCCUUCCGACGUGACGGAUUCGACUGCCCCGUUGGACGUCUCCACCUCUUCGGACCAAGAUAAAAAAGCGGAACAAGAGAAGCAGCCCGAAGAAGGAGUCGAUCCAUCUGUGGACAAGAUCGCCACGGAUGAAAAACGAUGCCCAGAUAGAGAAAAGGAGCCGGAAAUCAGCCCGUCGGCCGUCCAAAAAGAGGAGGAGAAUCACGCUAUCGAAGUGGCCGAAGAAAAGGUCGAUGAUAAACCUGUCGUCGAAGUCGAUGCCGUCAAAUCCUCCAACGCCAGAGGCGUCACUGCCCCCAAAUCCACAGCCAAACAGCCAACAGUCGGUGGAGGUGGCGCUGUCGGUCGAUCUCAAAUUCCUAAACCUUCUGCCAGUAAUAAAUCGAACGAAUCGUCGCCUGCCUCGGCCAAAGUGGCGACCACCUCCGCCGAUGCCACCAGGACGUCGCCGAGCAAGUCCGCAAUGACGACGGCCGUCAAGAGCCGGUCUUCCAUGGCUGUUGUUGGCCGAGCGAAGACGGUGGAACUCAACAAAAGCGUCCCAGUCAAGAAAAUGAGCGCCGGUGAGCUCCAAGCUCCCAGGAUGCUGCGCCAAAUGUCAGCUGGGCAAAUGCAGCCGCAAUCGCCCAAUCGAGUACUGCCUGUCAAAACCAAUCCGCGUCUGAAGAGCGCCGAGACGAGUCCAGCCAAAAAAUCAAGCACUGCCAGUUCGAACAAAACCGAAGAGACGAAGAAAUCUGCAACAACGACCGAUGGUGAGCAGUCAAAUCGUUUACUGGAAUCCAACCUGGACGAAACUCUCGACGCCGCUGACCAGCCAAAGAGUGGGCCCAAGGAAGCCGAUCCAGUCGAUAGACCCAACACGAAAAACGCGAGCGUGAAACGCGAGUCUAAAUCUGCCGAUAUGGCUAAAGCCGUGAAACGCUCCGAUUCGUUGACGAAAGACGAGAAGACGGAGAGCAACACGAAAGCGCGAGAGCGCGAAAUGAGGAUUGGUAGUAACGGACAGCGAGUGAGGAAAUUCGUCCAGCGGAGCGGGGAGUCGGGACUGAAGCGCCGGCACACUGUUGGCGGCACUCGCGACUUUGACAAGGUGCGGAUACGCUGGCUGGCCGACAAAAGUGAUGAGAGGAACGUCAUUCCGGCUCCGCGCUGGUCGGCCUGGGACCGGCUCCAGCCGCUAAUUAGCGACGAGGAUCUCAACGUGGACCGUAGCCUCAAGACGUGGAUGCGCAGCGAACGGAUGAGAACGAGCUCGCCGGAAUUGUGCCGCAGGUCGGACGCGGCAUCCAUCGCCACCAAUAGUUUACCAACCCAUGCGCAAGGAUGUGCCAGCGGUCAGCCGCUUGAGGCCUCGUCUUCCAUCCGCCAGGAUGGAGACGCUUCCAGUCCGUAAAAAAGUGGCAGUCAGAAUACGACAUUUUGCAUGUAAUACAAAUUCUAUUUUUAAACAAAAAUUUAUCUAAAGCGAAAGGGAAGUAGAUUGAAUGUCCAGUAUGGCGGUCAAAAUUUGUUGUUUCAUACAGCAAAAAAAGACACUUUUCGUUUUUUUUUCUUUUCAUUCAAGGCCUCAUUCUAUGUAAAUGUUUUUCGUGUUAAAAAUUCUGUGUACAGGAAAAGUAGUGCGUCGCGUCGGCUGGGUUCCUUUCCCCACCCUUCUACCACCACCACCCUUAAAAGCUGUGAUGAUAAUUUUUAUUUUUUACAAA